AUGUCUUCUUCGAGUGGAGUUUCUAGAACCCUAGACCCCAUAGCAGUGGAUCCAGAUGACCAGAUGCCCACAGAUCCCGAGAUUUAUACAUCUGAUACUGACAUAAGUGAUGAUGACGAUUUCCAGCAUUUCGCCUUGCCCGAUUUUGGGGACGAUGUUCAGCUCGCUGAUGGUAUUCUUGAUGGAGAUCUACCCCUCGUGCAGAUCCCUGCACCUGUUCCACUCGCUGCUUUUCCCAUGGCGGAUUUGCCUCUCAAUUAUGUGUCGGAUGACGACAUACCUCCUGCUGAUAUUCCCUUUAUUGUCCCUAUCGUUGAGCUUCCUGAGAUGGAGGUUCUUUCUGAUUCGUCUGAUUCAGACUCUUUCGAGUCAGUAGCAUCUUCUACUCUCCACGCAGUGGGGUUACAGCGGUACCCCACCGACUCAGAUUCCGAUAUGGCCACGUCAGCCGCAUUCGAUCAUGAUUUUGACCUUGCUGAUGACCCCGAUCACGAGUUUGACCUUGCUGAUGACGUCGAGCCUGAGAUGGACCAUGCUCCUGAUGAGCAACCAUUCGAGGCUCCUGUUGCUCCUGUAGCUCUUGUUGCUCCUAUAGCUCCUGUUGCUCCUAUCAAUCAGCCCCCUGUUGUACCCGCUGAUCUAGAUCCAGCCCCAGUUGACCCUGUCCCAUUGCCCGAUCAUGAUCCCAUUUUUGCUGAGAUACCUGAUAUUGCACCGAUAUUACCUGAUCCAGUCCUUAUGUUUGAGGACCAUGCUCCGUUUGCCACCCACAUCGAUUCGAGAUACGCUGACACCCACAACAUGUGGGUCGAUGAUAAUGAUUAUCCCCCAUAUGUUAGACCAGUCACUCCUUCCCGUGCACCCAUCUUUGCACCGAUUGAUGUUGCCCAUCAUUUUCCCCAUGUUUCAGAUAUCCAUCGCACCGGCCUUCCUAUCACUUUCCUCCAGGACAUUCCUCCACCUCGUCCUGGGGAGGGUUCGUCGAGACAGCAACCUGCUUUUGUCCCGCCUGUGUCGUCAGCUGUACCAUUCAUGUCUCAGUUUCCUCGCACUACACCACCUUUUGCACAUAUGGGCGAGCCAUUUUUGUGGUCAUCGCCCAAUGUUAUGCCUCUGUCAGACCCCUAUCACCCGUUCCAUGUCGGAUAUACCACAGAGGAUAUACUUAUAUCCCUGCAGUUACAGCAGGAUGCUUUGAGUCGUCGAGUUUUGGAGCUGGAGAGGACUCCACGUCCUCCCCCACGUCAUUGUCAGACUCCUUUUCCGACACCACCCGCUCCUCUUCCACUACCCCCUGAUUCGGAUAUUCAUUUCUUACUCCUGAGCAGCAGAUUGCUUACUUGUUGCACAUCAUCCAUGCACUUGAGAAGGACUGGGUGCGCUUGCGCCGUUUGA